AUGAGAAGAAGGGACGCGUUGAGCCAUGUCCAAGCUGGCACUGUUAUCGGACCUGGAACGAGCUUUAUUUGCAACCCGGGGCCUGACAACCGAACUAGGUGGACCGAUGCUCAAUGCAAAUGUACCGCAUGCAGACAAUGCAUGAAGCACAAAGAAAUUGCUUGCCAAGAAGUGCAUGUGAGUCUCUUCUGCCGCAAGCCUCACUCAUCGGCUCGAUCUGACACAGGGUCUAGGCCCUACCAGCCUGACUUGCAGUUUCCUUGCGCAACUGAUGUUGCCGAGACACUGGGACUCCUUUAA